CGAUAAAGGAUAAUUUUGACACACUCCAUUUCUCAGAAAGCAAACAAUUUUACGAGCUCUCUACGGAAUCAUAUAUUUUCGCAAACUUUGUUGUAUAUCCAAUUGUUUAUAUAGGAAUGUUUCAAAUUACGAAAAACUUCUCAUCAGGAACAAGGAACGUUGUUAAAAAUAUCGCCAGCGAAAUUGUUCGGGAAUGUGGCAAACAAGGAACUACACUUAGUGCAGAAGUUGCUUCCCUGGGUGUGGUGAUAUUUUGCCUGGAUCCGGCCAAUAAACUAUCAUUAACUUCCCAGAAUGAUCGAUCUGUCUUAGAAAAUUUCGUUAGAUACUGCGUGCACAAAUUUCUAGAUGGGCAGAGUCCACUGGUUAAGACUCUGGAGAUGCAAGUGUUUUUCCUGAACAAUUCUAUAGACCCAGAGCGCGUUUUGAAAAAGUAUCAAGCGAAUAUUGAUGAGAAGGCUCAGCCUCUUUGGAAAGAAAUUAUGGAAGUGGAAAACCCUAACAAGGACGAACAAGAAAAGAUUUUCAAGAAGAUUAUGGUGUACAUAAACAUGACUUACUUAUUGGGAAGCCCAACGAAUGCAAAGGUCCUUUUAGAAACCUCUCAUGCUCUGAAGAGUGUAGUAUCCCAAGCUGACCUUGCUGACUUUUUUGUGCUUAAGAAGAAAGCAAGAGCAGCUCAGUUGAAAACGAUUCAAGAGGUUGUUUGUGGCAUUCGUGUUUUUAACAAAGACGCCGGAUUGUGUGGAGAAGGCAUAAGGGAUAUUCAGGCUGAUCUUCAGUUUGCAUUUGAGAAUACAAAAAGUGCGUUGGCAGACAGGCUGGAAUCUAUUGUUUCACGAGAGAAGAAGUUAGCGAAUGUGCUUUAUACUUUGUACGAAUUAGAUGUUGAAGAGGAUAAAAUCAAGCUAGUUUUGCCUGAAGGAAUUAAAGAAGAAAACUUCCAUUAUUUAAAGGGCAUGUUGACACUGAAUCUGCAACACGAAAGUUAUGUGAAAAACUUAAUGAAAAUUUUAAAUCAAGUAAAAGCUGAUAUCGAUGUACAACUGAAAGAGUUUAGGAAAGUAUUAGAUGCUAUACAUGAGGUGGUUCAAUACCGAACAGCUGUUCCUACUGAGAAGGUCUUUCCCCAAUUUACACAAGUAUCCAUCUUAUGGCAAUCAUUAUUAAAUUGCAUUUAUAUGUUGAUAGAAAUUAAUAAAGUUAACGAGAACCUGUCCCUGCUCGCUAAUAUGCGCUUAUGUGAUAAAAUAAUGGGUCAAAUCGAAAGCAAGGCAGCCAUUAGGAAAAUUCCAAAGGAAACAUCUUUAGCAAUACAAGGUCUAAUGAAGGAGAUGCUUAAAUCAGCUCUUCCGUAUUAUGGAUCACAUAGUUUAGCUAUUGCUAGUGCAACUCCUAUUACAAAAUUUUGUCCAUACUUGUUCUUAGUUGGAGAUGGUCUUUUGAUACCAAGCCGGAUAAAUGCAGGUUUCAUUAAGUACGAAAACGUCCUUCUUUCCUUCAGUUCAUCGGAAUGCGCAAAGAGAUUUUUGUCAGAUAUUGAAAUUUAUUUCACAAAAUUCAUGAAUAUUCUGCGGAAGCAUCCUGAGGUUGUAAUCUUUUUCGAUGUUUACGAUAUCGUCAGUAGCUAUCGUGUUACGGAUUCAAAAAAGGUUGUUGCUGAAGAAGUGGCUGCUGUGCAAAAUGAUUGCGAAGUCCAGACUGAUUUGCAUCCGAUUCCAUAUAAUAAGGACCCAAACUACACCUGGAAUAUUUGGGACUUAAGAAGACAAGCAAUAAAAUUGGCUAAUCUGAAGAACUGCAGGACCCAUUCGGCACAAACCAAUAUUUCCUUCCAUCGUAUGAAUGCUAAUUUACAAACAGCUAAUCCUAAGGAGAAUUCAUGCCAGACGAAAUGUGAUGCUUUUACGAAUAUCACAAAGCAUGAUGCCUCAACUGAAUGCGAAGAUGCGGAGAAGAUAAUCGGCACUAGUGCGAUUGCAAGAUGCGGGAUCAAAAGUACUCAACCUUUAAAUGACAUUUUCACUGUUCCAUACAGAAAGUAUGCGGAGAAAAAGAAAAGUGACGAAGUUAAAAAGAAAGAUGCAUCUUGAAUAAUACAAUUUUCAGUCAUUUUCCUUAAUUUGUUUAUCAUUUGUUUGUCAAGUUUAUCUUAUAAUGUAUGGAAUUUACAUGUGCAUUAAAAAGACUUACUCAA